UGCUGUGCUGUGUAAGUUGUCAUCCCGAGCACUAGGUGGCGAUAGAAAGACAAUUGGUAGGACGCCAUUAAACAACAGAUCGAAGAGGAUGACUUAUUUACUGAAGCAAAGUCCACACAAGUUUUAACGACGCGUCUAAACGUUGAGCAGCAUGGAGCAGAAGGACAAGAAGAUACUGUGCGUGGGUCUUGUGUGUCUCGACAUCAUCAGCGUGGUUCACAAAUAUCCAGAAGAAGACACGGACAGCAGGUGUGUGUCACAGCGAUGGCAGCGAGGUGGAAACGCUUCCAACUCCUGCACGGUUCUUUCUCUGCUGGGCUCCCCCUGCGCCUUCAUGGGCUCUCUGUGUGCUGGACCUGUGGCCAGUUUUAUUGUGGAGGACUUUCAGAAGUUGAACGUCGACAUGUCUCUGGUGUCUGAGCAUGCUCAGUGCAUCACACCAACGUCUUUGGUCAUCAGCAGCAGGAGCACAGGAAGUCGAACCAUCUUGCACCUCAACAGUUUCAUCGUGGGUGACUUCUCGCAGCACGGCAUUGAUAUUUCAGCAGUUACCUGGCAGGUCAAGGGUCAAACGCCCAGUGCGUGUUGUGUAGUGUGUCCGUCCAGCGGCUCACGCACCGUCGUUCUGUUCGACACGAAUGUCCCCGAUGUGACGGCAGAAGACUUUUCCAAAGUGGACCUGCGUCAUUUCAAGUGGAUCCACUGGGAGGGGCGCAACGCUGACGAGCAGGUAAAGAUGAUCGAACGGGUGGCACGCUACAACGCUACAUUGCCGCCGCAGCAGCGAAUCACCGUCUCCGUGGAGAUCGAGAAGCCCAGAGAGCCGCUGUAUCAACUGUUUGCUUACGGGGACGUGGUGUUUGUCAGCAAAGACGUGGCUCGCCAUUUUGGCUUCCAGACGCCUUCGAGUGCUUUAGAAGGACUUCGCUGCCGGGUCAAAGCAAGUGCGGUUGUCAUCUGUGCGUGGGCCGAAAAAGGGGCGGAUGCACUGGCUCCUGAUGGCUCGUUGGUCCAUUCGGAUGCGUUUCCUCCGGAGCAGCUUGUGGACACGCUUGGAGCAGGGGACACCUUCAACGCUGCCGUCAUCCACAAACUUUCCAACGGUGCACGUUUACAGGACGCGCUGACCUUUGGUUGCGUCGUGGCAGGCUCCAAGUGUGGUUUCCAUGGUUACGACGCCAUUGCAGACAUGGCGGCGAGCAAACACUGGAAGCACGAUGGAUCCGCUGGAGAUAUUUGAUGGACUGAUUGACGGGGACGUUCUGAUCAAUAAAGUGCGCUGUCAAAAUGUA